AUGUCAUCGCAGCCCAAGACGUUCGCGAACGUGUUCAUCGCGAUCGUCGGUGCCGGCGUGCUGGGCCUCCCCUAUGCCUUCCGGCAAACCGGGUGGGCCGCCGGCGCCCUUCUCCUCCUCGCCGUCGCAGCCUUUACCUUCCACUGCAUGAUCCUUCUCAUCCACACCUGCCGCCGCGUCGAGCUCGACACGUUCGACAUUAUCGCUUCCUUUGGCGAUCUCGGCCUCGCCGUCGCCGGCCCAGUCGGACGCCUAGCCGUCGACGUCAUGAUCGUGCUCAGCCAGUGCGGCUUCUGCGUCGGCUACCUCAUCUUCAUCUCCAACACCCUCACCUUCCUCGUACCGUUAUCCCUACCCUCUCUCUCCUCCACGGCCUUCUACGUGCUCGCCAUGCUUCCAUUCCAGCUCGGCCUCAACUCGAUUCCGACCCUCACACACCUCGCCUUGCUCAGCAUCUUCGCCGACAUCGUCGACAUCGGCGCUAUGGGGGUCGUCAUCGCCGAGGACGCCUCCAUCUUGCUCUCCAACCCUCCACCGGUCCGCGCCUUCACGGGGCCCUCCGUUCUCCUCUACGGCAUCGGGGUCGCCGUCUACGCCUUCGAGGGCGUCGGCAUGGUCAUCCCCCUGGAGGCCGAGGCCGGAGACAAGGCAAACUUCGGGAACACCCUCGGCUUCUCCAUGGCUCUCAUCGCUUUCACCUACGGCCUCUUUGGCGUUCUCGGCUACGCGGCCUUCGGCGAGGAGACCCGGGACAUCAUCACCACCAACCUCGGCGACGGCGUUCUCAGCGUGCUCAUCCAGCUGGGCCUCUGCAUCAACCUCUUCUUCACCUUCCCGGUCAUGAUGAACCCGGUGUUCGAGGUGGCCGAGCGCUGGCUGCACGGGAAGAGUUACUGCUGGUGGCUGCGGUGGGCCGCGGUGGUAGCGGUGAGCCUGGUGGCCACGGUGGUGCCCAACUUCGGCGACUUCCUGUCGCUGGUUGGGAGCAGCGUGUGCGUCGUGCUCGGGUUCGUGCUGCCGGCGUGGUUCCACCUCAAGGUGUUCCGAGAGGAGCUCGGCUGGGCCAGCACUAUCGCAGACAUCGCCAUCGUCAUCGCCGGAUUGGUGCUGGCCAUCUUCUCCACCUGGUCUUCUCUCGUGUCCAUCUUCAGCUCUGUGUAAUCUUGAUUACGUGGUCGGCAUCAGUAGAA